AUGACUAACUCAACUAAAAGUUAUAAAAUUUCACAUUGGAAAUCGGAAAAUUAUGAAAGUAGGGGAAUGCGAAAAAAUUCUACAAAUCGUAGUUUUGAUAUAUUUUAUCAGGAUGCAAUGCAAGAUGAAGAUAAUAUAAGUUCACUUGAACGUAUAACAAGUGGAUAUGUUUCUAAUUCGUUACCAUAUGAAUAUGAUUCUUAUAUAUUUAAUCAAAGAAAUAAAAUAAGCGAUGACUUUGUUGAUAAGACAAUCAAAAAAGCAUAUUCAUUUUUUGAUAAUUUGAUAAACAAACAAUGUGCAGAUAGUAGUAAAUUUCAUAGAAAAAUACCUUUACCAAAAGUUUUUCAAAUAUCUGAAUGGAAUUAUAAAAUUCCAAAAAAUCCAAACAUAAAUGAAUUUUUUGAAAAUCUUACCAAAGGAAAAGAUUUUUAUUCUCUUAUAAAAAAAUUUCCAUCAUUUAAUUCAAAAGAAAAUUAUCUAGAUUAUCUUUAUGAGUAUAAUGUUCCAAUUUUAAAAGCAAUAUGGUUCAUUAAAAUUGUAGCUGUCCUUAAAGCUACUAAAGUUGAUGAUGGAAAAGCACCAAAAAAGUCUCAAGCACAACAAAUAGCAUUAGAAUAUGUUCAAUGUAUAAUUAGUGGUUAUAUUAUAUAUACAUUUAAAUAUCUUUCUACAAAUGGAGUUUAUAAUGAAAAGAAAAUUGAAAAAUGGAAUUAUUUUGCAUUACUUAUAAAACAUAUGUUUGAAGAAGGUGUUUUAGAUAGACAAGAUUUUCUUAUAGAUAUCAUCGAUCUUCUCAAUAUUUAUGUAGAUUUUGAACUUGAAGAUCCAACAAAAUUUAGAAUUCUUUUUUUAUUUAUUUCACAAUUCUCUACUUUUAUAACUCAAAAUAUUAUUAUAGCUAGAAGAUUAGCAUUUGUAAUAUGCAAAAGAUUAAGAAAAUAUCAUUUAGAUUAUAUGAAUUUUAUUGGUCAACCAAUAACUUGUCCAGAAGUAAUGAGUAAAUUAAUGAAAUGUGAAAAACAUCGUCCCAUCAUUUCUGCCAUGAUUUCAAUGUUUUACUCAAUUAUGACUGAAUGUAUUCAGGCUAUUACAGUUAAAUAUAUAACUAUUGAUAAAAAAUUUACUGGAAUAACUUGUUAUAAAGAUUUAACUGAUACACCAUUAGAAUAUUUAACAUGUAGAAUUGAUGAUAUGUGUAAAGAGGCAAAUUUACUUCCAUUAAAUAUGAUAGAAAUAAUGAAAAAAAAAAUUGAAGAAUUUAAAAAGAGAAGUAUUGAUAUUAGAUAUACUUUACAUAAUACAAUAUCUCAAGAUAAUUAUUGUUCUGAAGUUAGUUGGAUGAUUUUAAAAAUAUUUUCAAUAUUAGAUAAUAUAUAUUUAGUUAAUCAAAAUAAUAUGAUAAAAAUUUAUAAAAGUAUUUUUGUCUUAGAAACAGGUAUAGAUAAAGAAAUAGAAAAAUUAAUUAAACUUAGGAUGAUAAUUCAUUGGUGUAUAACAUCACAAAGAAGUGGUACAUAUAGAGUUACAAUAGUAGUAAAACUUUUAUCAAUACAUUUAUCUGAUAUGAAAAAUCGUGUUAAAAAGAUGAUUACAAUUUUAAAUGAUUAUUUAAAUACUGAAGGACCUCGUCUUGGAUACUGUAAUUUUGGAUAUGAAUUUAGAAAUAUUAUUUUAUUAUUAAAUGAUUUACAAAGUUAUGGUAUUUUAAGAUAUAAAGAUUUACUUGACAAUUGGAUUUUAUCAGGUAAAAUUAAUAUAAAUGAAUGUAUUUGGGGUAGAACAUUGAAAUAUGUAUAUGGUGAAAAUUAUGAAAGAGAUCUUCAUCCAUCAUGGAAUAGACAUAUUGAAAUGUCUUCAAGAUAUGCCUUACUAUUUUAUCGUAGAGAUUCAGAAAAACAUUUUUUAAUUAAUAUAGAAAAUAUUACUAUGGAAGAAAGAAUUUUUUUACAAAUGCCUAUCUUACCAUCAAUUGAAAAUAAAGAUGUUAUUUUAUAUCGUGAUAAUAUUAUUUAUGGCAUUUCAAUUUCACGUAAAGAACACCUUAAUUACCUAAAAGAAGUGGCACGUGGAAUUAUAAAAGUAUGGAAAAAAUUAUAUUAUUUUAAAAUAAAAAUUGAUAAUGAAAAAAGUUAUUUUCAUGAAUAUCAUGAUAUUAAACGUUACCAGGAAUGUGGUGAUAUAUUAAAAAAUUUUAGAAAACAAACAUAUUAUGAUCAAACAUUAAUAACAUAUUGGGUCGCAAAUGAUUUCAAAAGUUACAUUACAGGUUUUAUAAAAAAUACUACUAAUAUAUUACCAGGUUCUGAUGGAUUAGAUUAUAUAAUGCGGAUGUUUUGUAUAUCUAUGAAUAUUGGAGGUAUGAUUGAAUAUAUUGUUAAUCUUUUAGAAGAAAUUGGAAAGUUAGAAGAUGUAAUGAUUAGUAGAGGAUAUAAUUUAAUUUCUGGUAUGAUAACAAAAUCAUAUGCUUUUACUGUAACAGGAUAUCUAAGUGAACAUACAAAUUAUUUUCUUUUUCAUCCAAAUGCUGUUGAUGUAUUGAAUGGACUUUUUAGGACAAUAGAAAAUACAGUUAUUUUAGAAAAUUAUCCCAGAACAGGUUAUGAUACAACAAUUGGAAUGUUUAUUUAUUAUUGUAAAAAUGUAUUAGUUAAAGAAGGAAUUACUAGUUAUGAUAAUAUAUUAGGAUGUGAUAAACAUUUUUCAAAAUUAUAUCCAAAACCAUUUAUAGAAAUAAAAAUUGAUGUACCAAAAAUAAAAGCUAAAAAAUUAUUUUUUGGAAAAUAUUUAAAAACUUCACCUCAAGGAAUGCUUUUUUCAGAAUUUAAAUAUACAAUGAAAAAAAUUAAUAAAGGUGGAUUUCCAUUAAGAAUUGCAUUUAUUUUAAGUGCUUUACAGACAGUCAAAGGAUUAGGAAGAGAUAUUAAUAAAAUUAGUAUGUUGGCAAAUUAUGUUAGCAAUGUUUCUGUUCAAUUAAAAAUGGAAAAUGAAUGGAUAAGUGUUAUAUUAGAAAUGUGUUCAUUAACAACUAAUCCAAAUAGUUUAUACAAAGGUAUCCAUCGUACUAUAAAUAUUGGAAGAACAACAACACAUUACCCAAUUUCAUCAUUUAUAACAAUUUUAGGAGGAAAAUAUGUUUUUAGGCCAUCUGAUUUAAUUGAAAAUUUAAUUAAAACAACAUUGAUAUCAGUUUUUAAAGGAAAUUAUUUAAGAUCAAAAUAUGGAUAUGAAAAAGUUGUUUUAGGUGGAUUGAUUUGUACUAAAUUACUUACAGGAUACCAUGAUCCUUUUAAAUUACCAAAAGGAUACAGUGGAAUAUCAGAAGUCAAAAGGCCAGUUGUUCAUAGAUUGGCGGAUUUUAAAGCUUGUAGUGUAUUGUUUAAUCAUGAAUAUAAUAAUGUAAUUUUUAAAUUUAUUCAAUUACUUUCUCUUGCAAAUAGACCGAUAAGAAAAAUUAAAACAAAAAAACCAAGUAAAAGAAUAAGAAUUAAUCAUUUUUUUAAGGCUUGUCUUUUAUGUCUUUCAGAACAACCAUGGUUUUAUCAAUACAUGAAAUUUUCUGUUCUUCAAUUAGAUUUAAAUUUACUCAAAAAUGAUAAUAAUUUAUUUAAAAAUUAUAAAAUUACUGGAACUCUUUUAAAUUUCAUUUCUCGUGAGAAAGGGGAUCGUCUAAAUAAGCUUAAAAUUUUGUCUUCUGCUGAAAAGUUAUCUAAAAAAAAUUUUAUUGAAUUAAACUUGGAAUCACUUAAUAUAUGGAAUUUUAGAAGUGUUUUAUGGAGUUUAUUUGGAAUGGUUAAUGAUAUUAUGAGAAAACCUACAAAAUUAAAUUAUGCUCAAAAAGUUUUUAAUUGUAAUCAAAUGAUAACAGAUAUUGCUAAAGGAAUUAAGAGUAUUUUUACAAAAAAUUCAUAUAGUUAUGGAAAAAAUGUUAUUUUUAAAACAGAUAUUUUUUUUCGAUUAAAUGAUAUUUCAAAUUUGUGGUUAGUAGAGUAUCUUAUCAAUGAAUUCCCUAAGAUAAAUGGUUUAAAAUGUGAUUUAAAGUUUAAUAAAAUGUCAUUAACUCCAUUAUCAAGAUCAGUUUUUAUAGAAUUAUCGUCCUUGAUAACUGAAUCUUAUUCUAUAAAUGAAUAUGGUAGAAAAACAGAACAAAUAUCUCAUUUAUUUCAUUUACCUCCUUUUUCAAAAUUAAUUCAGACUCUUGCAAAUGUGGAACCACUUUGUUCUCAUGGAUUACUUCAAGGUGUAUAUAGUUAUUUAACAAAUAUUGUUAAAGAAUUCAAUUCAAAAAGAAUUCUUUGUCCACAAUUAUUAAAAGAUAAAGAUGGAAUUAUUUUAAGAGUAUUAUUAGUUUGUGGAAUGAUGGAUCAAUUAUUAACUAUGCCUACAGUUGAACCAUGGGCAUAUUUAUUAUGGCAAUUAUUAUAUUUAGAAAUUAUACAUAAAGAACGGGAAGAAAAAUAUUAUUACAUAUGUUAUGAAGCAUUAUCUACUAUAUUAUUUAUCUCAACUUUUAAAAUCCACCAACGACACAAUGAAAAACUUCAUUAUAAAGCAAGAUACAAAGCUUAUUCUCAUUUUUGUAAAAAAAUAAGAAGAGAAUGUCAAGAUCGUCCAUUUCCAAUUAAUAAAUUAGAAUUAUCUCAAUUAUUGCCAUUACCUAAAAGAACUUUUGACUACAUUAUUUUUGAUUAUUAUUAUAAUUAUGUUGGAAAAAUUCAAAAUGUUUCAAAGAUUGAUGGAUCUAAUGGUAGUAUGGUAAAUUCAAUUAACCAAACUGGUUUUUAUCCUGUUGAUAAGAUAAAAUUAACAACUUUUGAAAUUAUUCCUUCAUUUUUCCAUGAAAAUCUUGGUAGACGUGCUGUUAAUUACACAUUUUAUCAAGCUCAAUUGGUAGAUUAUAAUCCAAGAUUGGAACGUAAUACUAUAAUAAGACUUUUAUUUCAUAAACAUAAUCAUUUAUUCCCAAAAGUUUCUAUUUAUGGUGAUUGUAAAAUUCUUAAAAAUUCCUUUUUUUAUAAACCUCCUGCAAUUGAGUAUAACGUUGAAGAAAAGAAAGAAACAGAUUCACCAUUACAGGAAUUAAUUAACAUGACAUCUAAAUCAAAAAGUCCUAUCCAAUUAUCUUCUAAAAAACAAGUAGAAUCUAAUGAAGUUAAAAAAUCUGAAGAUAAAGUAAAUCUUAUAUCAUCAAAAGAGUUACAAAUAAAAGAUGGAAAUAAUGAAAAUCCUUCCAAUUCUCAUAAUAAAAAUCUUAAUUAUGUGAAUGAGCCUCAAACUAGUAGAGAUUUUAACUUAACUCAGCAGGCAUUUAAUGGAAGAGAUCUAAGUACCUCUCAAAAUGGUGUAAUGAAUCCAAGUGUUUCUAUGGCUCAGCCAAAUUUGCCACAGCAUGCCAAUCAUAAUCAUUUAAUUUCACAACCAAUUAAAAAUAAUACUUAUUCUUAUCAAUCCUCAAAUUCAUUUUAUACAUCAGAAUCUCAAAAAGCAUUAAAAAGAUCUCUUGACCCUUCACCAACAAUUUCAGUUAAAAAAAGAAAAGACAAUACUGAAAAUAUACCUAUUUCAUCUAUAAUUAAUCAACAAAAUAAUCCUAAUAAUAUAAAUACAAAUAAUAUUUUACCACGACCAAUAACAAAUGUAUAUAUACAACCUCCAGAACAACGAAAUAUGGUAACUUCACAACAAUCUGAAAUACCACAACAAAAUACUAGUCAACAAACUAAUCAAAUGAGAAUGACAAUGAAUCAACAGCCUUUAAUACCACCAAAUAUAGAAAAUUUUUCUAAACAACCACAACAACACAUCCCACAACAUACUAAAACGAUAAUGAAUCCUCAAAUGAGAGGAAAUGGUAUAGAGUCAGGGGCGAUGCAUCAAAACAUCCAACAGGGAAGGCAAAAUUUAGGUUUACAAAACUUUAUAAAUCCACAACAAAAAAUUCCCCAUCCAGGGGAUAGGCAGAAUUUGAGGGGUGGAUUUGAAAAUACCAACAUCAUGUCAAAAGAUAUGAUUCAUCAAAAAAAUAAUUUUAAUCAAAAUAUACAACAUCAACAACAAUAUAAUGUACCAAUGAAUAAUCAACAUUUAAAUCAAGGACCAAUGAUGGACCAAUAUCAAAUUAACUUAAGAAAAGAAAUGAUUUAUCGAAAUAAUCAACAACAAAAUCAACUUCAAUUCCAUGAUCCAAAUAUGGCAAGAUUAUAUAAUCAAGGAAAUCCGCAACAACAACAACCUAUUAAUAGAAACCAGAUGUAUCCACGUUAA